AUGUCUGCACUCCGUAGAAAAUUCGGUGAAGACUAUCAAGUUGUGAACACUUCCCGGGUUUCCACUUACAGUGCUCCCGUAAAAAAGAAAAGGCAAAGGUUUGUUGACAAGAACGGUCGUUGUAAUGUGCAGCAUGGGAACUUAGGUGGAGAGACAAGUAGGUAUAUUUCUGAUUUGUUCACUACUUUAGUGGAUCUGAAGUGGAGAUGGAACCUCCUAAUCUUCAUUCUGACUUAUACAAUUGCCUGGCUGGUGAUGGCUUCAAUGUGGUGGAUCAUAGCCUACAUCCGAGGAGAUAUAAACCAGACCCAUGGCGAGAACUAUACCCCGUGUGUGGCCAAUGUCUACAAUUUUCCGUCUGCUUUUCUCUUCUUCAUAGAGACAGAGGCCACCAUUGGUUAUGGCUUCAGAUACAUUACUGAGAAAUGCCCAGAGGGCAUCAUUCUCUUCUUGUUCCAAUCCUUGCUUGGUUCCAUUGUGGAUGCCUUUUUGAUCGGGUGUAUGUUCAUCAAAAUGUCCCAGCCAAAGAAAAGGGCAGAGACUUUGAUGUUUAGUCACAAUGCAGUCAUCUCCCAACGUGAUGGCAAAAUGUGCCUGAUGUUUCGAGUAGGGAACCUUAGAAACAGCCAUAUGGUUUCUGCUCAGAUGAGAUGCAAAGUGAUAAAGUCCAGGCAGACCCCAGAAGGAGAGUUCCUGCCCUUGGAUCAAUGUGAGUUGGAUGUGGGAUUUGGGACUGGAGCAGACCAACUGUUUCUGGUUUCCCCUCUGACUAUCUGUCAUGAAAUCAAUCCGAAAAGUCCCUUCUUUGACCUGUCUCAGCGAUCAUUGAGAAGUGACCAGUUUGAAAUUGUGGUGAUUCUGGAGGGAAUUGUUGAGACCACUGGAAUGACAUGUCAAGCGAGGACCUCAUACACAGAAGAUGAAGUUCUUUGGGGUCAUAGAUUUCUUCCAGUCAUGUCACUAGAAGAAGGAUUUUUCCGUGUGGAUUAUUCCCAAUUCCACUCCACAUUUGAGGUUCCCACAUCUCCCUAUAGUGUAAAGGAACAAGAUGAGAAGCUGUCGCUGACAUCACUUUGUCCCACACCUUGUAUCAGCAACAGCAAGAACAGAAGGGAGAGAAUUUUCUCCUUGGACUGCAUCGAUACCCUAGAGGAGAAGGGCAACAAAUUACCGGCCAAACUUCAGAAAAUGAGCACCGGCAAAGAGGAAGUGCAGAGGAAAGUUAUGAGGAUGACUGCUGACAUAGGAGAGAAAACUUGCAGUACUGGUGAUCUGCCUCUAAAACUGCAGAGGUUAAGCUCUAACCCCAGCAAUUUCACUGCCGAAGAAAGACUCCCGCUGAAGAGUUUCAAAGUCAAUUCAGAAUCCAUCACUCAAUCAACAGGAGACCUUCCACAGAGGGAACAUGGCCUGCAACUCACAGGAAUACGAAUGGAGGACAAUUUACCUGCCAAACUGAGGAAAAUGAAUUCUGGUCGCUUCACUUAG